AUGAAGUCGGCGCAGGCUGCAGCUUUCUUCCUCGACAUCGUCCACCGCUUUGGAGUUUCGAACUCCAUCUUCACGGACAAUGGCACGAAUUUCACGGGGAACGAGUUCAUUGAAUUCUGUGAUGAUCACCACAUCCGUGUUGACUGGGCGGCGGUGGCGCAUCCGCACACGAACGGUUCGGAGGCCAUCCUGCCGACUGAUCUGGAGUAUGGCUCCCCGAGAGUGAAGGCCGACAGCGAGCAGGGGUCCGAUGCCGCCCUUGAGGACGCCAUGGAUCAGCUCGAUGAAGCACGCGAUGUCGUGCUGCUACGAUCGGCUAAAUACCAGCAGGCGCUGCACCGGUACCACCACCGUCGCGUCAGGGGGCAUGCAUUCAACUUAGAUGACUUGGUACUGUGA